AUGCGAUUUCUGGCGAUGUUUGGGCAAAUUAAAGACAUUCCCAGAGCCAAGAAAUCCAACUCUGAGAAAGUGCAAUACAAAUCUGGAUUCGAUGAUGAGAACAGUGACUUACAUGAUGCUGUGUCAGGUUGCUAUAAAGAACUUGAACCAUUCUUAAUUAAGUUAGCCAGCCUCUACUUAUGUAUUGACAAAAUCUGCUCCAGGUUCUUGCAUUGGUUUUCACUUUCUAAGGGUUCAUUCCAGCUUGUGAUGGGAGCAGAGCCCCUUUUGGGAAACACAUAACUAAGCCACUGCUUGGCUUAUCUCGUUUUUAAAUGUAGGGGAUAGGAUUGCCAGCCACAGCGAAAAUCACUUGAUAUGUGGUGCAAAUUGCUCUGAAGAGCACCCAUCAAUGGUUCAGUAUGCCAAAGAUAUUAGAAAAGAUAUUGAGAGUAUUGAAAAAAAAUCCUACUUUAUUGAAGGGGAAAAUGUCACGUUUUCAUUCGAAUUAAUUCCAGCAGACAUGAGGUGGCUGGCAUUUAUUUCUGGGGAACUCCCAAAUUAG